CAUUUAUGGAUUGGUUAUGGAUUAUUUUCGUCGACAGGCGCCUUCUACCUGCUGCUGCCUGAAUGACCCUGAUCUGUUCAUCCUCAGUUUAUCUGCUGGCCUCUCGCUAGGACACUGCAUGGAACAAAUGGACCUUAGAUCCGCUUCCUCUCGCUCCCGGCUCCUCCCCAUUGAAUAACUGCCAAAUCGCAAUCGCAUUUAUAUCUCUGUGAAGUCCUCCCCAGUGCAGACGACUGUCCAGCUAGUGUGAGAAGCAGGUGGCCAAAGAGGCGGUGGAGAGAUGGCCAGCACCACACAGCCUCCCUACGUGAACCCAGUCGUCCCCUUCUGUGGGACAAUCCAAGGGGGUCUCCAGGAUGGACUUGAGAUCACCAUCAAAGGGGUCAUUUUAGCCUCCAAGGACACCAGGUUUGCUGUGAACUUUCAGACUGACACCAGUGACAAUGACAUUGCCUUCCACUUCAAUCCUCGGUUUGAAAGUGGUGGGUAUUUGGUCUGCAACACGAAGGAGAAUGGAUACUGGGGGACAGAGGAGUGGAAGACACCACUGCCCUUUCAGAAGGGGGAUCCUUUUGAGCUCAGCUUCCUGGUGCAGAGCUCACGUUUCCAGGUGACAGUGAACAAGAACCUCUUUGUGCAGUACACACACCGUGUGCCCUUCCAUGGUGUGGACAUCCUCCGUGUCACUGGCAUUGUGCAGCUGUUCUCCAUCAGCUUCCAGUUAGGAGGCUGUGUGGCUCAAGAAAGAACCCAGGCUUGGGUGUCGAACUGGAUGCAGCUCAGAUUCCUAGUUCUUCCAUUCUCAUUGGCUGUGGGAUCGUCUACACCCCAAGAAUGCUAUAUAAAGGCCAACUGCCCUGCAGCCAACCACCGUGAACUGGACCACAAGGGUCUGGACCACGACUGCAAGAGUGACAGCUACGCAAACGAGCAGAGAGUUGCACUAAACCAAUGCCUUUCUUCACCUGCAUCCUGGGUGGGCUGUACCCCUCCAGAAGCAUCGCUGUGUCAGGCACCAUCCUGCACAGCACUCAGUAGCAAGCCAGGGUGCUUCGGGAGGAGAGACAGCCCAGGGUCAUUCUGGCCAUUGCCCUGGCUCUGGGCGGGCUGGGGAGGAGCGGGGACCCGGAGCUCUGUGGUCAGAGGAGGUCCAUGUGAGCUGCCCACCCCCAGGUUUCACAUCAACCUGCGCUCUGGGAGUGACAUCGCCUUCCACCGGAAACCCCUUUUCAAUGAGAACACCGUGGUCUGCAACAUGCAGAUCAACAGCUCUUGGGGGUCUGAGGAGCAAAGCCUGCCUGGAAAAACACCCUUCACCCAAGGCCGGAGCUUCUCGGUGUGCAUCACGUGUGAAGGCCGCUGCCUCAGGGUGGAUGUGGAUGGUCAGCACCUGUGUGACUACAACCACCGCCUGAAGAACCUGCCCAACAUCAACAACCUGAAAGUGGCAGGUGACAUCCAGCUGACCCGUCUGCAGACAUAAGUGGGAUCCCUGGCCCCAGCAUCGAGGGCUGGGGCAUGUUGCUGUCUGGAUCUGCUCAUCACCUCCACCUUCCCAGUCCCUGCCUCAGCCCCAGCCCUUCCCAGCCUGCAGAGGGUCUCUUUUCUGGUGAGACCAUGCCCUUGUCUGGCCCUGCUGAGGCUGCAGCCAGCCUGGAGUGCCGAGGGCAGCUGGCUGGGACCGCCUUCCUUGGUCAGGGCAGGACCUGGGGCUCCAGCUGCCCAAAUCCAUCCAUCUGAGGAGAGGGGUGGUCUGCACAGGCUACACCCCAGGUUCAGUCCCCUAGGCAGAAGGGAGGGUGCUCGGCCUUCCCAAGCACCCGGCCCAGGCCCACACCCCAUCUGCCUCUCAGCUGCAUCCCCAGCCCAGUCAGCUCCAGUCAGUCCCAGGCCAGCACCUGUUCACUCCCCGGGGGAGGCUGUCUCCUCGGCCCCUCCCUGUCUCCCAGCUUCAGCCUCUCCUGCACCUGCACCAGCGCUUCCCCGGAUCCAGGAAAGUUCCCUGAUGAUACCCCUCUGGUUUCCACCAACCGAUGGGACCCU